GAGAUCUGCAUUGAAAGUGGGGGUAUCUCUGGGGCUGUGGACUUCCCCCCAGUGUGGAAGGGGAACUGGGGGGUCGGUGGGAAUGGGAGUCCCAGGAGAAGGAGAUGGGGGGAGAAGCCCCCUGCUCAUGACCCUGAAUCAGGAGCACUGGAGGGUCAGGAUGAGGGGCUGAUCCUGAGGGAUGAAGACCCCGCAGGGCUGGAUCCUGGGGCCCGGGCUGCAGCGAGGGGCUGGCCCAGGCUAUAGUGCCUGGGCCCAAUGUCCAAGCCGUUCCCCUGCCCCCCAACUCCCCCCCUCUCUCCCCAGCAGGCCGUGCGGUGAUGGAGCCAGACUACAAGCGCCGGAAGAUGGAGGAGCCGGCUGACCCACCGUGGGAGGCGUUGCUGGUGCUGCCCGAGCUGGAGUCGCAGGAGGUCGAGCUGACCCCGGCCUAUGCCGCCCCCGUGCUGCUCCGGACUGAGACGUCCCGCCUGGUGCGGGAGCUGUCGGCCACCCGCCCCCUGACAGAGCUCCCGCACCUGAAGCGGGUGCGGGCACGGGGCGGGACUCAGCCGCUGGAGGUGCUCCUUUGCCCGGCCGGCCCCUCGCCAGGCGCCUCGCGGACACUGGCGGAGCUCCUCCCGGACGGACGGGUGGACGUCCGCGGCCUGGGAGAGCCCUUCCUGGUGCAGGUGCCUGCCCGGGCCCCCCUCACCCGGCCCCAGUUCGAGGAGGCCGCCCGGCACUGGCCCACGGCCUUCCACGAGAACAAACGGACCAGCCAGGCCCUGGCCGGGCGGCUCUUCACACCCCAGGACAAGGCGGCCAUGGGAGCCCACAUGGAGCACGCCGUCUGGGCCGCCCGCCGGGGGGCAGAGCUGGGCAUGGUGCCGGCGGGCGCCGCCGUGGUCGACCCGGCCACGGGGCAGGUCCUGGCGGUGGGGCACGACUGCCGGAACGGCCUCCACCCGCUGCUCCACGCCGCCAUGGUCUGCAUCGACCUGGUGGCCUGCGGCCAGGGCGGAGGGGCCUACAGCUACCCGGACUAUCCCGCCUGCUCCUUC